UCAAAUCUGAAUCAAACUUCGUUUUCUCUCUCUCUAAAAAUCCCUGGUGCCUUCCUCUUGCAGAUCUACACGUUUUCCCUCAGAAAUUUGAAAAAUGGCGUUUUCAUUCAUUUUGCUGAUUUUGGUGCUGAUGGCUACGAGACGUGGACGAGGUAGUGGUAGAGGUCGACGUGGGUCCUCUAAGAGAACACGAACAACGGGAGAAGCGUCCGGCUCGGAUCCGGAUUAUCAAGAAAGCUCCCCUGAAGAGGCAGAAGAACCUAUUGCUCAGCUUGACAAGGGCAAAGGAAUAGCAGGCGAGUCCUCACGUGGCGGUGGUUCUCGUACAAGAGAAACUCGGUCGAAGCGUGCUGCGGAGGUUCCUCCUGAGCGACGGAGGAUGUACAUGAGCAAGUCGUGUAUUGCGGAGCGUUAUGUCAACUUCACCGAUCUCAUUCAUGACGUUCCUGACUUUGGCCGGUUACUUCAGCGGGUUCCCAUUGAGCCGGUUGGCAGAGUCCCUGCUCGUGCUCCUUUCUGUGUGGAACUCAUUCGUGAGUUCUAUAUGAACGGAAGGGUCUUAGCAGAAGAUGAGGAGACCGGGACAUAUGUUUUUGAGACAUUCGUGCGUCAACAGAAGAUUGCCGUUACCCCAUAUACUAUUGGAGAGCUUCUGGGGAUGACCGUAGACACUGCAGGUCUUCCUUAUACAUCAGGAGGGUUUCAGUCCUUAUCUCAUUGGGAUACCAUAGUAGCGGCUAUUUGCAGAGCUGGAGUGCAAACGAAUCGUGCCUAUGUAGAGUCCAAGGAUUUGCGACCGGAGUAUCAUCUACUUUCCUUGGUUUUGAGCUACAAUGUUCAACCUACGAUUGGUACCAAAAGGAUUCGUUGGGAUCGAUUGCUUCUAUUGUUUUUACUUGGUCACCCGAGGCAAGCUCAUGGAUUGAACAUCAACAUUCCUUUUCUGAUGUGGCAGCGGAUGAUUCAUGUUAUUCAGGCUUCUGCUCGACGAGAUCUCCUUCCAUUUCCUCUUUUGAUCACACGGAUUCUGCAGGACAGUGGAGUGGAUGUUUCAUGUGAAAAGUACGAUUAUGGUCUUGGUCCUAUCGAUGCUGUAACUUGGGCCAAGUCAGUCAGCACACUUAAAUCAUUUCAGCAAACAAAGGGAUCAUCGCGACCAGCUCCUAGCCAGGCACCUCCACCUCGAGCAGAGCGUGAGGGAUCUUCUAGUUCAGGGGGAGUGAUUACUGUGGAAUCACUUCAUCACGAGGUGCGCUCUAUGAAAAAGAAACUGGCCGAUCUUGCGAGAAAGGUGGAGAUGGGGAUGAAGAGAAUGAUGGAAAAAAUGGGAUGUAGGCAUGAUGAUAUCUUUCCUACUGAGCCUACUACUUAUACCAGAUCGACUUCACGACAUCCUCUCAUUCCACCGUCUGGUGAUGCUCCUGAGGCUGGGGGAUCUGGUGCUGGAGCAGGAGAUGAUGAUGAUGAUGAUGACGAGGACACUGAGUGAUGUCUUCCUUGGGUUUCGUCUUAUUACUUUAUUAUGCUUACUUUCUAGGACGAUGUUU